GUGUUCUGUCCAUCGAUUGGUCAUUAACGUAUUGGCAACGAAAGAAUUGCGUAGAAUAGCCAGUUUCUUGCCGGACCGAACAGCAUUACGACAAAGCUCGUUACAGCGUGAAGACAGUUGACUACGAUUUGCCUAGUUAUUCAAAGCUAGCCUUACGUCAGCAGAACAUACAAUUUUCUUGACCAGCGAUGCUAGAUAACGCCUCAAAAGAACCAAUAAGAGUCUAUGCGAAAGAUGGACGUAAAAUUGACAAUAUUCCUGACGCUGUUGGUAAAGUAAAAGGACAGUUUGACGGCUCACCGAAGAAUCGUCGUAAAAUUAACAGACCCAAGCACUAUAAGCCCGAGAUGGACGAAAAUGAUCAUUGCGAACAAAGCUCAACCAAGCAUGCGUCCAAAGGCUUCGACGGAUUAGCAGCGGCUACCGAAGGAAGCGUGAUUCGAGAGCAGCAAAACUCAGUCGAAGAACGCCUUUUUCAAAAUGCCGUGCACGUCUUGACUGCCAGUCAAAAUCGUAGAAGGACUGCAACAAAUCUCUCGUCAAAACCUUCGCCAAAACCGAAGGGAACACCCGCGAACAGAUCACCGAACAAGAAGGGUAAGCAAAAACCAAAAGUCCCGCGAAAGCCUGAAGAUUUAAUCAAGGAGUCAAUGACUUUUGAGAGUCCCCUGCGCCCGCAAACAAAAGAGACGCCCAAUACCGUAAGUCCUAUGCGUAUAAAAUAUGGAAGGAGAGAGGAAAUAGACAAGAUGAAAAUGUUGGUAAAGUGAAAAACAGCCAUCUACUGGCUCAAGGACGAUCGCAAUAUCAACAUGCCGGGACCUACUUUUGGUCAGGUGAAACUCGCCACGGUAGACCUACAUCGGGAUUUAUUGUGAACGGCGGACUCCAUCCCGCGAAUGCUCGAAAUUUGCUAUCGAAUCCCGAAACUGUGUUAACGAAUUCGGAUAGACCACAGCAACCGUUGUUAUCUCAAAAGAUCGCUGCAUUUUCUGCCCGUACAGACAAGGCUGUGUUACCUAUGAGCUCUGCUGAUUUUGAAACGGUCGGUAAUUCCGGUUUGAAAAUUCCAACAAGCAAGGUUAUUCCACCCAAUGUGACUGUGUUUCGACAACCAAGCACAAGCGAAACGUACAUAGCUCCGAUUACAGCGGGGAAAUCGCAGGGAAUCAAAUCACCUGUGAUCAAAACUCCACCCUCGGUGAAAUGCCCAGAGCGCAGAUCUCCUAUAAAUGAAGCAGAUUCAUCCGAAAAACGUUUCCAAGUUUCAAAACAAAGCGUCGAUUUUCCUUCUUCGAAAUCUGAUGAUGAUAAUGAGCCUGUUAGCAGCCGAAGUAAUUUCAUUUCAAUAAUGAAGACGACAUUGGGCGAAAAACCUUCGAAAGAAAACGUGCAACCGAACACCAAGCGAAAGAAUUUAGACUCGACAAGCGACGGCGAAGGUCCACCUGCAAAAAAGAAUGGCAAAUCGACCAUUUUUACUCCUCUCAAUGAGCACGAGGCGGAGAAAUUGGCAAAUGACAUUUACGAUGUGAACGUGGAGUACUUCCCGAUCAAGACUCUAGCAGAGAAAGCAGCCCAACGUGAGCCACAACCUGUGGAACCCGAAAAUGUGGAAAAGAACAGGAAGGUGGAAGAAAUCGAUAAAGUCCGGUGUCUUCUUAAAGAUUUCUACGACAUAACAUUCUCUUGCACAGAAGACCCGGACAUGAAAAAGUUCGACACGGCAUCCAGAAGAUUUGGCCGAAAAAACAUCCUCAACCAUUUGUCGUUGCUCGAUCAAUAUUUUAACGAACUUCAAAAGAAGUUAAGCGAAUGAGUUCUUUAUUGGUCAUUUUUAACUUGUUCGUAUUUUGUAUUCUUGUUGUAUCGGUUUGCAAUCAUGUUGGCCUUCAUUUCAAGCAAAACAUACACCAAGAAAAGCCAGAACACUAAUUAUGAAACGGCAAUUUUGCUUGAUGAUAAAACUAUAAUGUGCAUGCGUCGUGUCUAAUUAUACAGGUUUCUUAGUUGGUUCGAUGAAAGUUCCUGUGUUUAUAUUGACAUUAUACUGUUCGUAUUGACGUAAUAGUUAAACAGCUUUGUUUGGUGCCAGCUUAGUGCAAUUUUUUAAGAGCAAUCGUUCGACACAUUUCACCAGUUUAUUUGUGUUGGUUUGUACGUAGUGAUGUCCUUAGAAGUUUUUUAUUUGAAGUUUAUUUCAUGUAUCAUGCUGAUCAAAAACUUUAGCCAAUUCAUGUAUGCAUUGCUGAAAUUUUUCACCGAGAUAUGCAACCUACAUACAAACGAAUAUUGAUUUAAAUUUAUUCAGGCGAAGCUGCUAGUUUUGUAAAUAUAUUUUUGUACAGAUGUACAAAAAAUCUUGUCAAGCACAGAAAAAAAAGCGUACUUUCCGUGUCCCAGCGUAAGUGUGACUUGCUGAAUCACCGCAAUCCACCAACUAGUUCUUUCUAGCAAAAAAUGAAUAAUUGACAGAUUGAGUUGUUUCAGCAUUGGUUUCUAACAUGUUCUGUAGUAUAUUUUGCAGUGAUAUUCUUGUGAAUACAUUAAUAAUUGUUUUGCAUUGUAAGUAACGUGACAAAAAAUACAAAACUAAAAAAAUGUAAACUAAUAUUGAGUCGAUAAGUAGAAAGUAUUAGUGUGAAAAUAUUGUUGAUUACGAAUAUGUGAGCAGUGAAAUUCAGAUUAAAUUAAAUCUAAUUUUUUUGAAAUAUCUAA